AUGAUGAAAAUUCAAUAUAAUCGUGCUAAAGUGGAGGAUGAUGAUAGAUGUGAUAUGGAUGAUAGUCUGAAGUAUCUCUACACUCAGCCUGAUUUAAACAUGCGGCAACGUCGGUGGCUAGAGUUGAUGACAAACUAUGAUUUGGAGUUCAUAUAUCAUGAGGGACGAGCGAAUUUGGUAGCCGAUGCGUUGAGUAGGAAGACUAAUCCCUUGUUGUCCGCCUUAGAUGGAGCUGAAGAGUUGCAUCGGGAUUUUGUCAGAUUAAAUUUGGAAGUGGAAGAUGGAAGCUUAAGGUUCAAGGGGUGUUUACCAACAGGGGAGGAAUCUUUGAAGGAACGUAUCUUGGAUGAGGCCCAUUUUACGAAAUUUUCAGUUAAAAUUGAGCAUAAAAGACCAGGAGGUUUACUACAACCUUUAGAGAUACCGGUAUGGAAGUGGGAUGAUAUCUCUAUGGAUUUUGUUGUGGGUUUACCCCGGACGAAGGCUGGAAAUGAUGCAUUAUGGGUCAUAGUGGACCGUUUGACUAAAUCAGCCCGUUUUAUCCCUAUGAGUUGUCGUUGGGAGAUGGAACAGUUAGCUCGAGCGUACACGGAUGGUCAAACAGAGCGGACAAAUCAGAUAUUAGAGGAUAUGUUGCGUGCUAUUGCCAUGGAAUGGCAAGGGUCGUGGGAUGAACACUUGGAUCUAGUCGAAUUUUCUUACAAUAACAGUUAUUAG